UCGUCCAUAUUCACACCUACUACACAUCCCAACAAUUCCCGCUCUGUCAUUAAGAGGCCUGUGUUGCGUCUCACGUUUCAACGUGUUCUGUUCUUUUUCGUUGUCGUCACGACCUCGCAAAACGCGAAACGUCGUUGUUGUAGAAGAGAAAGGUGAGUAUUAUUGUGCAACAUGAAGAGCGAGAAGGGGCAAAUGUUGCAUGAUCUGAUUGAGAAUGCGGGAGGCUGCGCUGUUACCGAUGGAGGAUUCGCCACGCAGCUGGAAAAGCACGGAGCAUUUAUCAACGAUGCUCUUUGGAGUGCCAUCUAUUUGAUCAAGGACCCACAGCUAAUCAAGCAGGUUCACGUAGAAUACUUGGAGGCUGGUGCGGAUAUAUUGGUUACUUCAUCGUACCAGGCUACACUACCUGGAUUUUCGUCCAAGGGGCUAUCCAUUGAAGAAGGGGAAUCACUACUAGAGAGGAGUGUCAAAUUGGCAGUUGAAGCCCGUGAUAAUUUCUGGAAUUCAGUCAAAAGAAAUUCUGGGAAUAGAUAUAGAAGAGCUUUGGUUGCAGCCUCCAUUGGAAGCUAUGGAGCUUACCUUGCUGAUGGCUCAGAAUACAGUGGUUGCUAUGGACCAGAUGUUAAUUUAAAGGAGUUGAAGGAUUUUCAUCGCCGCAGAUUGCAAGUUCUCAUUGAAGCUGGUCCAGAUUUGCUUGCUUUUGAGACCAUUCCAAACAAACUUGAAGCUCAGGCUUGUGUCGAAUUGCUCGAAGAAGAGAGUGUCAAAAUCCCAUCUUGGAUAUGUUUUACCACAGUAGAUGGUGAAAAUGCUCCCUCAGGAGAAAGUUUUAAAGACUGCCUUGAAUCGAUAAACAAGAGUAACAAAGUAGAAGCAGUUGGUAUAAACUGUGCACCUCCUUAUUUCAUAGAAAGCCUCAUCUGCAAAUUUAAGCAGUUGACGAAUAAGGCCAUCAUUGUUUAUCCCAAUAGUGGGGAAGUGUGGGAUGGCAAAGCCAAGAAAUGGCUACCAUCAAAGUGUUUUCACGACGAUGAUUUUGGAUUUAAUGCAAGAAGGUGGCGUGAUUUGGGGGCUAAAAUCAUAGGAGGCUGUUGCCGGACUACACCUUCCACUAUUCAAAUUAUUUCAAAUGCUUUAAGAGCAAAAUCUUGACUGUGCUCAUAGAUGUAACUGCUGACAAAUUGCGAUAUCUUAUCAAGGCAUUUUGUAGUGUGUUGUCUAAAUUUUAAUUGUUUGAAGCUUUUUCAUUAAAGUAUCUCAUUUUAUAUCCAUGAGAACUGAAAGAGAUGUUAAAGAAUUUGGCAUAAGCUUGAUUAAUUUCAUAGAUAAAUUAACCAAGUU